AUGUCUAAUAAUGGUGUUGAAGCCGAAGACAAGCCUCCAGCCCCUCCAAUGAGAAAUACCAGCACUAUGAUUGGAUCUGGAAGCAAAGACACUGGGACUUUAAACCAUGGCUCAAAACCUUUGCCUCCCAACCCUGAAGAAAAGAAAAAGAGAGACCGAUUUUACCGAUCUAUAUUGCCAGGAGAUAAAACCAAUAAAAAGAAGGAGAAAGAACGCCCAGAAAUUUCCCUCCCUUCAGAUUUUGAACACACAAUUCAUGUUGGAUUUGAUGCUGUCACAGGAGAAUUCACAGUAAGUGAUUCUGGGGGGAAAGGAGGAUUACACAGUUUGCCCUCAGGUAUGCCAGAGCAGUGGGCUCGGUUAUUGCAGACCUCCAACAUCACCAAAUCGGAGCAGAAGAAAAACCCCCAGGCCGUGCUCGACGUGCUAGAAUUCUACAAUUCCAAAAAGACCUCCAACAGUCAGAAAUACAUGAGUUUCACAGAUAAAUCUGCAGAGGAGUAUGGUUCAUCAAAUACAUUGAAUGUGAAGGCUGUAUCCGAGACCCCUGCAGUUCCGCCGGUUUCAGAAGAUGAAGAUGACGAGGAUGAUGCUGCUCCACCCCCAGUGAUAGCUCCACGACCUGAACACACAAAAUCAGUAUACACCCGUUCUGUGAUAGAGCCCCUUCCACCACCUCCUACCAGAGAUGUGGCCACCUCGCCUAUCUCUUCACCCUCUGAAAACAACACAACAUCCCCUGACACAAUGACCAGGAAUACAGAGAAACAGAAGAAAAAGCCGAAGAUGUCAGAUGAAGAAAUCUUGGAAAAAUUAAGAAGUAUCGUGAGCGUGGGUGACCCCAAAAAGAAAUACACACGGUUUGAGAAGAUCGGACAAGGCGCUUCAGGCACAGUAUAUACUGCAAUGGAUGUAGCUACAGGUCAGGAGGUUGCAAUCAAACAGAUGAAUUUGCAACAACAGCCCAAGAAAGAACUUAUAAUUAAUGAAAUCCUUGUAAUGAGGGAAAACAAAAACCCCAACAUUGUCAACUACUUGGACAGUUACCUCGUAGGAGAUGAACUGUGGGUAGUUAUGGAGUAUUUGGCAGGCGGCUCCCUGACGGAUGUUGUAACAGAGACCUGCAUGGAUGAAGGACAAAUAGCAGCUGUGUGUCGAGAGUGUCUUCAGGCUCUGGAAUUCCUGCAUUCAAGCCAAGUUAUUCACAGAGAUAUCAAGAGCGACAACAUUCUACUAGGAAUGGACGGCUCCGUCAAACUAACUGACUUUGGUUUCUGUGCCCAGAUAACACCAGAGCAGAGCAAACGCAGCACCAUGGUGGGGACACCUUACUGGAUGGCUCCUGAAGUGGUGACGCGGAAAGCUUAUGGGCCGAAAGUGGACAUCUGGUCUCUGGGAAUCAUGGCUAUUGAAAUGAUUGAGGGAGAGCCUCCUUACCUCAAUGAGAACCCCUUGAGAGCCCUGUAUCUCAUUGCCACCAAUGGUACUCCAGAGCUGCAGAACCCUGAGAAGCUUUCGCCCAUAUUUCGAGACUUCCUGAACCGCUGUCUCGAGAUGGAUGUAGAGAAAAGAGGCUCUGCCAAGGAACUGCUACAGCACCAGUUCCUGAAAAUUGCGAAGCCCCUUUCUAGUCUCACUCCUCUGAUUAUUGCCGCAAAAGAGGCAGCGAAGAACAACCACUAA